CCCUUCCCUUCAUUUCACAUCACAACACAACACAACAUUUACAUUACUCUCUCACUUUCUCCAAUAUGGCUUCUUCUCGAAAUGAGUUUUAUGCACUUAUGCUAGUGGUGGUGGUUGGCUCCAUAGUGGCUUCCUGUGGUGCUAACUUCAACCAAGACUUUGAUCUAACUUGGGGUGAUCAGCGUGCUAAGAUAUUCAAUGGUGGUCAGCUUCUAUCUCUUUCCCUGGACAAAGUCUCUGGCUCUGGCUUCCAAUCCAAGAAAGAGUACUUAUUUGGAAGGAUCGAUAUGCAGCUCAAGCUCGUUGCUGGCAACUCUGCCGGCACUGUCACUGCUUACUACUUGUCGUCUCAAGGGCCAACUCAUGACGAGAUUGAUUUUGAAUUCUUGGGAAACGUGAGCGGUGACCCUUACAUUCUCCACACAAACGUGUUUACCCAAGGCCAAGGGAACAGAGAGCAACAAUUCUACCUCUGGUUCGACCCCACCAGAAACUUCCACACUUACUCCAUCAUCUGGAAGCCCCAACACAUCAUAUUCUUGGUGGAUAACAUUCCCAUAAGGGUGUUCAAGAAUGGUGAGACUAUUGGCGUUCCUUUCCCAAAGAAGCAACCCAUGAGAAUCUAUUCUAGCCUGUGGAACGCUGAUGACUGGGCCACCAGAGGUGGUUUGGUGAAAACUGAUUGGUCCAAGGCACCCUUUACAGCCUACUACCGCAAUUUCAAAGCCACAGAGUUCUCCACCAAUUCCUUCUCUGAUGCUGCAUGGCAGAGCAACGAGCUUGAUGCCUAUGGCAGAAGAAAACUGAGAUGGGUUCAGAAGUACUUCAUGAUCUAUAACUACUGCAACGAUCUUAAGCGAUUCCCACAAGGCAUUCCUGUUGAGUGCAGGCGCUGAGACCUCAGACCUAUUUUUCUUUUCUCCUUCUGCUUUAUUCAUCAUCAAAAUAAAUCAAAUUCGUUGUACCACUUUCUUGAUUUUUAAAAAAUAUGUUUUCUGGCCGUACAAUAAAAAGUUGUGGUUGCACUGUAAUCAACCUGCAAACUCAAUAGUCUCGAACUCUGUUUGUCUCUCUAUAUUCUUAUAUUCUGUAAUUCCAAUUUCCAAAGUCAGGGCCAAUUUCACAAACA